CCCAGCCGACCAUUCCGAAAUGUUGACCGGCUGCGCUAAGCCGGAUUGGGCGGGCCAGGAACGAGACAAUUCGUUGCACAGCUUCAUCAACAUUUCGCGCGCGCCGAGCUUCCAACUUUUGCUCCUUUCUCUCUUCUCUCCCAACCGUCGUUACACAUCCCGUCACGAUAGCAACCAUGUUCGCCGCUUCCAGAAUCCAGACCCGUGCCUUCUCGGCCUCUGCCCGCCAGCUCUCCAAGGUCGCCGUCCUUGGUGCCGCCGGCGGCAUUGGCCAGCCCCUCUCCCUCCUCCUCAAGCUCAACCCCAGAGUCACCGAGCUCGCCCUCUACGAUAUCCGUGGCGCCCCCGGUGUCGGUGCUGAUCUCUCCCACAUCAACACCAAGAGCAACGUCAAGGGCUACGAGCCCACCGCCUCCGGCCUCGCCGAGGCCCUCAAGGGCUCCGAGAUCGUCCUCAUCCCCGCCGGUGUCCCCCGCAAGCCCGGCAUGACCCGCGACGACCUCUUCAACACCAACGCCUCCAUCGUCCGCGACCUCGCCAAGGCCUGCGCCGAGUCGUGCCCCGACGCCAACAUCCUCGUCAUCUCCAACCCCGUCAACUCCACCGUCCCCAUCGUCUCCGAGAUCUUCAAGAAGGCCGGCGUCUACAACCCCAAGCGCCUCUUCGGCGUCACCACCCUCGACGUCGUCCGCGCCUCCCGCUUCGUUGCCGAGAUCAAGGGCACCGACCCCAAGGACGAGAACAUCACCGUCGUCGGCGGCCACUCCGGCGUCACCAUCGUCCCCCUCUUCUCCCAGAGCAACCACCCCGAGCUCUCCAAGAACGAGCAGCUCAUCCACCGCGUCCAGUUCGGCGGUGACGAGGUCGUCAAGGCCAAGGACGGUGCCGGUUCCGCCACCCUCUCCAUGGCCAUGGCCGGUGCCCGCAUGGCCGAGUCCCUCCUCCGCGCCUCCCAGGGCGAGAAGGGCGUCAUCGAGCCCACCUUUGUCGACUCCCCUCUCUACAAGGACCAGGGCAUCGACUUCUUCUCCUCCAAGGUCGAGCUCGGCCCCAACGGUGUCGAGAAGAUCCACCCCGUCGGCCCCGUCGAUGAGGUCGAGCAGAAGCUCCUCGAUGCUUGCCUUGUUGACCUCAAGAAGAACAUCCAGAAGGGCAAGGACUUCGUCGCUGCCAACCCUGGCAAAUAAGUGUAUUUCUCUACUAGCCUAGAGGAGUGUUACUGAAGCGAGCGCGCACUUUUUCUUACGUCCCUAUGGUCAUGCCAAUCUUCAAAAGCUCUACUACGUACGACAUUCACAUGCGUGAAACACAGCAAUUGGGUUGUCUGCGUGGGAACGGGUUAGCAUAACUGGUGGAGAUGGAUGAGAAAGUGCCAUCGUUGUUUCAUCGGACAUGACGGAAAUGGGUGGAGUUAGUUUCAACCAGGACAAAUUCGCGGCCAUGACGGAAGUAAGUGGAGUUGGGAAAUGUACUUGUGCUAUUAUCGAUAUCCAUACCGGGGUUUUCUCGGUCGGACUCCUCUUUACAUAACGGCUCUGCUGGUUUACAAAAAAAGUUAAUGGCUUGGUUGAAGUUUCGUCUGCCUAAAAAAAGAAAAGCAAUAAUGUAUAACUAUCAUGACCUUGAAUGAACGUUCUGUUUGGUGCCG